GGCCGUGGCGGCACGUGCGCCGGUCAUGGUCGGAGACGCGGGCGUGACGGCCGUCUGCUUUGGGGGCUGGCGGAGUAGAGGGCUACGAGGGCUGGGGGGCUCCGGGCUGCCGGUGAGCCUCUGUGAAUAAUGCGAGCGCGGGCAAACCGCUGAGCCGCCAAGCCACGCUGCUGACUGUCGCCACGCAUGGCCAGGCUGGAACCCGCGGCUGCAAAAAUGUCCCAAUACCAUUUUAUCAAAUGCUGCUGCUUUCAGCUAUGUAACGUCUUUCGCUCACGUGCCAUGGAGAUUGACCAGUGCCUGCUGGAGUCACUGCCUCUCGGCCAGCGCCUUCGUCUGGUUCGCCGCAUGCGCUGUGACCAGGUCCGUGCCUACUGUGAGCGCGAGAGGGCCCUGCAGAGGCAGGCGAGGCCUCGGGCCCGACCCCCAACCAGGAGGAGGCCCAAGGUGUGCUUUGGGCCCUCCGACAUAAUCCAGGAUGCCAUCGUGCGCCAUGACGACAAGGAAGUCCUGCAGCUGCUGAAGGAGGGGGCUAACCCCACCCUGCCCAUCCCCUCCGGAGGUUCCCUGCUGCACCUGUGUGCUCGCCAUGACAACGCGUUUGCUGCAGAGCUGCUGGUGGAGCGGGGCCUGAACGUGAACUGGCAGGACGAGGAUCUGUGGACAGCGCUGCACGUGGCCUGCACCUGCGACAGCGCGGACGUGCUUCUCCUGCUGCUCCUGGCAGGAGCGAACGUCUUGCUGCAGGAUGUGAACGGGAAUAUUCCACUGGAUUACGCCCCGGAAGGAAGCGAGGCAAGCCACAUCCUCAUGCAGCACCUGGAAGAACACGGUCUGGAUGCCAGCACCGUGCGGCACGUGAAGAUGCAGGCGGCGAGCGCGAUGCUGUUAGACGUGCGGCAGCUCGUGGCCACAGGGGGCAGCGUCAACCAGUGCAAUGACGAGGGCGUCACCCUGCUACACAUCGCUUGUGCCAGUGGCUUCAAUGAGGUCGUUUCCCUGCUGCUGGUGAACGGGGCAGAACCGCAUGUGGCCGACAACAGCUUCUGGACCCCUCUGCACCUGGCAGCCAAAUACGGACAGAUCGGCGCUGUGAGGCAGCUGCUAACACACCAUGCGGACCCCACCCUCCUCAACGGCGAUGAAGCCAAGCCUUCAGAUGUGGCAGCCUCCGACCACAUCGCAGACAUGCUCCUCAGGGCUGAGGCAUGCUGGGAAGCGCGGCUGAGGGACCCUUCAGCGCCUCCUCUGGUGGCGGAGGAGGAUGACAAGGAGGCAGUCCAGGACGUAUUCACAGCCAUCAGGAAACUGAAUCCCUUGGCCCUCCCCAUCUCUAAGCGAGACAGUCUCUUCGAGAAGGACGUCAUGUUCCGGGAUGUGCCGGGGGCUAUGACCCCGCAGCCGGCCCAGGAGAACGGACUUGAUGGCCACCUUCCCUCGGGUGCAGGGAAACUCGAGCAGGUGAAGCUGGUUCCUCCAGCACCCAGCGAUGAUCUGGCCUCUCUCAGUGACCUCACAGACAGCAGCCUGCUCUACGAGAUGCAGAAGCGGUUCGGCAACGACCAGAUCUACACGUAUAUUGGACAUAUUCUUCUGCUUAUUAACCCCAACAAGGAUCUUCCCAUCUAUUCCCCAUUGGUGAGCCAACUGUACCUGAGUUCCAGCGGCCGUCUCUGCUCGUCGCUGCCCCCCCACAUCUUCUCUUCGGCCGAGAGGGCCUAUCACAUGAUGCUGCAAGAGAAUCAGCAGCAGUGCUUCAUCCUCAGUGGGGAGAGCGGCUCAGGGAAGACUGAGGCCUGCAAGCAUAUCGUGAGGCACCUGGUGGUUCGCUCUGCCGCCAAAGGCUUUUCCCUGGAGCCCAGGAUGAAGCAUGUGAACUGCAUCCUGGAAGCUUUCGGUCAUGCAAAAACGCGAAUGAAUUGCAACUCAAGUCGGUUUAUGAAGUUUCUUUCCUUGCAAUACUGUGAGAAGAAGAAGAGUUUAAUUAGAGCUCGAGUUUACACAUACGCCCUGGAGAAGUCGCGCCUUGUCUCCUCUAAGCCUCAACAACAGAACUUCUGCAUCUUCUACUUAAUGGCUGAAGGCAUGUCAGCAGAAGAGAAGAGCACCUUACAUCUCAGCAACAUCCUGACACACAGGUACCUGAGGCAGGGAGGCUCGGUGGAGAGGUCGGCGGUACCAGCCAGCGUGCAGGGCAGGGAAAAGCUGAGGAUCCUGAAGCAGGCCCUGAGGGCGCUGGGCUUCCAUGCCGCGGAGGUGGAGAACUUGUUUGUGAUCCUGGCCGCCAUCCUUCACCUGGGAGACCUGUGCUUCACUGGCCUGACGGACAGCGAGGCGUCGAUCGUGGCUGAUUUGCAGCUGCUGGAAACAGUGUCAGGUAUGCUGCAGGUCUGUCCAGAGGAUUUAGGCUCCGCCCUUACAUCAGACGUGCAGUUUUUCAAAGGUGAUGUCAUCACACGGCAACGGACAGUGGAGAUGGCGAAUCACAACAGAGAUCUCCUCGCCAAGUCCCUAUAUAGCCGUCUCUUUGGCUACCUGGUCAACAAUAUCAACUGCUACCUGAAUGGCCAGGAGGAAAGCUCAGGGCAUGCAGCAUUGGAGAUUGGGGUCCUGGACAUCUUCGGAUUCGAGGAAUCGCGUGAUAACGGCUUUGAACAGCUCUGCAUCAACAUGACCAAUGAGAAGAUCCACCGGUACGUCAUGGAUUUGCUGUUCCAUCAAGAGCAGGCAGAAUGUCUACAGGAGGGCGUCGCCAUGGAAGCAUUAUCCUGCCCAGGCAACAACCCCAGUGUUCUGGAUUUCUUCUUCCAGAAGCCCCAGGGCCUGCUUGCAGUUCUUGACGAGGAGAACCAGGCACUGCGUCCAUCUGACCAGAACCUCUACAAGACGCUACAGAGCCAGCUGCUUACGGCUAAUGCCAACGGCAUCUUCUACUGUGCCAAGGAUGGAAAUGGCAACCCCCCGCCCAAGGACCAGGGGCCAUCCUUCACGGUCUCCCACUAUGCAGGCAAGGUGACCUAUGACCUCACCGGAUCGCUGAAGAAAAAUAAGGACACCCUGCCCCAGAACAUCCUCUUCGUAAUGAAAUCCAGCGAGAACGUGGUCAUCCAUCAAGCAUUCCAGAGCAAAGUCACGCAGACAGGGUCGCUGGUACCGCCACAGCAGCGUCUGAAGGCGCUGGGACCCAAAUCUGCCCUGCUGCUCCAAAGGGCGGCGCAGCCCUGCCCAGCCGGGGAACCAAAGAAGUGCCCGGAAGUCAGUAAGCUUUUAAAGAAAAAAGGAGGGGGGGCCUCGUUCUCCUUCCUGCAGCGGUCUGAGAGGGGCGGGCCAGUCACCGUGGCGGCCGAGCUCAGGAACUCACUCUCUGAGAUCAUCAGCAAACUGCAGGGAUCCACGCCUCAUUUUAUUCAGUGUGUCAGACCCAACGGCACCAGGCAGCCCAACUCCUUCGACAGCCACCAUGUAUCUACGCAGCUGCAGUACGUCGGAGUUCUGGACAUGGUCCGGACCAUCCACUACGGAUACCCGGUCCGGUUGCCCUUCGCUAGCUUCCUGACUCGAUACAAGGAUCUGGCAGAUGCUAUCCUGGGAGACAGGGAGCUGUCCAUGGAGGACAAAUGCCGCCACAUUCUGCAGCACUGCAAGCUGCAGGGAUGGCAGAUGGGUCACACCAAAGUGUUCCUGAGGUACUGGCAGGCUGACCAUCUCAACGACCGCUGCCAUCAGCUCAACAGAAAGGUCAUCAUCUGUCAGAAAGUGGUGCGGGGCUGGUUGGGCAGGAGACAUCUUCGACUCAUGGUUCGAGCCCGGCAGCAGCAGCGGGAGCAUCAGAUAGGCGAGGUGGAGAACUUUCUGCAGGGUGUUGAGGACCUGGGCCUACAAGCCUAUCACAGCCUGGUCAUCCAGAACGCCUCUGAUAUUGCCCGUCACAAUGACCAUCGGCGCGGACACCUUAGCUCCGCCCACUUGCCCGAGAGGCCGGAGCCACUGGGGAGGGAGGAGGAGCCACCCAAGAGGGCCCCGGAAAAGGCGGGGAAGGUCACAGAUGGCAGCGUCUGUGUGGUGGACCGUCCUCUCAAGCAUUUCCGCUCCAGCUCCAUGUCCUCCCCCCUGACCACGGACUUGGUACUUUCCACCGGCCUGUUGGUCAAACACCCCUCCCAGCUGCUAGCCGGCACUGAAGAAGGAGGGGUCGGGGGCUGUCUGUCGUCGCCACGGAAACAGCCUCCCCCCAAGCCGAAAAGGGAUCCCAACACACGCCUGAGUGCCUCCUACGAAGCCGUCAGCGCCUGUCUCUCCAUGGCAGCGAAGGACGCCGAAGCUGAUGCUCUGUCAAAGCCACGGCCACAUAGUGACGACUACAGCACCAUGAAGAAGAUCCCACCCCCAAAACCCAAGCGGAGCCCUUACACCAAGCUCACAGGCUCCUACGAGGAGAUCUCUGCCACCCGGCCCAUGGAGGUCAAGCUGUCCUGCCGUGGGGGACACUGCCUCGGGCCCAUCCAGCGAGUGGCGUCUGCCGACGGGCCCCGCGGCAGCGUCCUCAGCCUCUACCGUUCCCAGGAGGAUGACGUCUACAUGGAGAUGGUGGGCCACCCCGGCAACACAAGCCUGGUUGAGGUGGAGAGCCCCGAGCAGGGUGAGGCAGUCUAUGAGGAGAUGAAGUACUUCCUGCCCGAGGAAGGGGCGCCUCAGUCGGACGCUCUGCUAGUUAAGCUUGAAGGAUCCAACCCUCCCCAUCCUCUUGAGGGUAAAAGGCUGAUGCCAGCAGAGCUCUGCAUCUCCCCUGGCCCGGGGGGUUGCCCACCUGGCAAGGAUGGCCCCUGCGACAUCCCCCCUCCCUUCCCUAACCUGCUGCCCCAUCGCCCCCCCUUGUUGGUUUUUCCACCAUCUCCGGUCACCUGUUCACCUGCCUCGGACGAGUCGCCCCUGACGCCACUGGAGGUGAAGAAACUUCCGGUGAUGGAGCCAGGCCUAGGUUACGGGGGCCAGGGCGAAGCAGGCGGGCCCCUCUCCCCCCAGUACCCCCGGCAGAGAGCUGAUUCGACCCCCAGCCUAUCAGUCUUUGUGCCUGACAAGUCUACGCCUCCGCUGACGCCACCCCCACCCCCGCCACCUCCUUUCAUGCCAUCAUAUAGGACCCCCUCCCACUUCCCCUUCCCCCCCGAGACAGUCGGGCCACACCUGACCCGUGCUGCAUCCGUGGCAACCACUGACUACUUCCGGGUCUCCCACAAAAGUGUACACGCCUCAGCCGAAGCCCCCCCCGGCUCCGGGAAACCUCCCCACUCCCCGGUGAAGACGGGCUGGCCAGAGCCACGACGGGCCCACUCCUGCUCAUCCUCUCCGCUGCUGUUCAACCCCGUGGGCGUGAGACCCCUAAGCAGCCCGCUGGAUGAGCUCACCACACUCUUCAGCUCAGGCCGCAGUCUGCUGCGCAAGUCUGCCGCGGGCAAGAAGAUCCGCGAGCUGGGUUUCAACAUCAACCAGCCGGACCAAGACAGAGAUGAUGUGGACACAACCCCACCCUCCCCACAGCUCCAGGACAAGAAUGCAAACAAUCACGUUGCCCCCAUUCCCAUCGAGAACGGCAACCGGCUGUCUAGCGGGUCCCUGGAGGAGUCACACAGCAAGGCAAACCUGCACAGGCACAGAGACAGCCAUCACAGCCAGGUGAUCCAGAAGCUGCAGAUGUUGCGGGACGAGCACGCCGCCCUGCAGGAGCUGCUGGCAUGGCGCCGGAAGCUGUGUGAGGAGCGUCGCUUCCUCCGCGGGGCGGGGUCACUGUCCGACCUCGCCGCGACCUCGGCCACGCCCCCACCUCGCGUCAGCGCCCCCUCUCCGGUGAAGAAAGCUUUUCCAUAGCCAUCCUGUCGGAUUCUGGCACUGUGCUCUUCGCAUUUCAUCCCUUCCCUGUCCUCCCAGCAGAAAUCGACUUCUCGGGGGUAGUGGGACAGGUCCAGUGCAGCAGGACGCAUCCCUAUUGCCCCUAGAGGCAGAUGGUUGAUUUCUCUGGGGCAACAGCGAUAUAUGGUGGGUAGACUGGGGAAUUCCAGUCCUGCAGACACUCUCGUUUCCCUGUGACUCACUGGGGGGGCGCCAUCCGGCAAAACCCGAACCCCACUGGUGCUGGUCGCUCUCGCGUGACAAAUCGGGGACUAACGUCUCCGCGGUUUACAUUCAGACCACUGUGCUGACCUCGGCGCGCUGGCUUGUCGUUGACUUUUCAGGUGAAACGAUCCUCCUCGUUUUUCCAGGUGCUUUCUCUAAUCCUGAAGCGUGAGUCGGGUAUUCAGGGAAAUCCACAGACACAGAUCCGUUACGCACUAGUGACCGCAUUUCAGCGUCAGCCAAAUCUUAGUGACCAGCUUUAAUGAGUUUGUUAGCAUCAGGCAGACUAGUCACCAGACCGGUGUCCAUGGUAAUCUGUACUGACGCAUCAUACCUUACCCGUAUCUGAAGUGAGGACAACCUGCCCCCACCCCCGAUUCUUUCAUGCCCUAAGCAAGCCAAUUAUCAUCCUUCACAAGUGUCCAACAGUAACUGGAUGUUAGGGACAUCCCACGCAAACAGAACACGGAGACUUGAAGAGAAAAUGGCACAAAUACACACACACACACACACACACACACAAGGCUGCUGCUCUCAGUUUCACACUCACUCUGCGCUUCUGCAGAUGUGAGAUGAGCAAAUGUACAAAUCAAACCCUGUGGCCAAAUCAAAAUUCUGUCCAUGAGGGUGAGAAGGGCUGAAAGCCUGCAGCUCACACAAAUAAAGAAGGGGCCAUGUUUAUGUGGGUGCCAUGGCUACCUAGUGAAUGGCGAUUAAUAUGGGAUGGCAUACUGGGUGUUGACCGUAGAGGUUUGGGUGAAAUAGCACUGAACUGAACAGUAUGAAAACACAGCCAGCACCCUGACACCGAGUGCAGGGCCUUGGUGCGGUGGUCUCUUGCUAACGAUGGGAAUUCCUUUAAAUGGUUUUCCUCGAUCCGAUUUUAGUGCUAGACUCAAGGUUUCACUACGGCUAUCGGUGGAUAGAGAGAAGUGGAGAUAUGGAAACGAACAGUGCAGCCGCGCAAUGCUUUUACGAAGCACCUCGCUCACCUGCGAUGUAAGACAAGUGCGAUCCCCAUGUUUGCUUACUAAUGCAGAGCGGACUGCAGAUACAAACACAGAUUCUGCUGUGUGUAACUGGACUGCUGGCCCAGGGUAAUGGAAGGACGGUCGGUUGACAUCCCGUACACUGAACUAGGAUCAGCCCGGUUUGAUUAUGAAGAUUAAGACUCGGGAAGGAUAAUGUGACAUCGUCGGGUAAAGGCAGAGGACACAGCACAAGUUCAAGGCCGCCCCUCCUGUGGUAUUGUGGCUUUUUAAAUAUAUUUAUCAUUUCGCUGAAAACCGAAAAAAAAAAAAUAGAUGACCUUGCUAAAAUAUAGCUUUCUCUCUGCAGCUUUUUAAAUGCAUGAGCUUCAAUGACGAGCUUUCCCAGACCCUUGUAAGAUCAUCCACGUUGAGUUUUUCAUAAGUGUAACGAACACCGCUGCCCCCUGUUGGAGAAGCUGUGCCAUGGGCCGGACUGGCCCCAGGAAUAGUAUUCAUGGUGCCCUCCCCUCUCUCAAGCUGAUGUCUCCUGGGCAACGUAUUUAUUUUCGCCAUGGCGGUGAUGGUGGGUGCGUCUUCACCGUGGUGACCCCGUGCUCGUCACUGCACAGUGUGUUUGGUUCAUCUUUUUACUAUUUUGUAAAUCUGACCUUUAAAUUCCAUAUAAUAUAACUGUGUUUGUGAGAGAAGGAAUGUCUCAUUAUGUACCUCGUUCCCAGAAUUUUAUAGAGACCUGUACAGCAAUAAAGCACAACUCUGUCACAAA